AUGUUUAUGAAACAAAUACUUACCAAUUCUUAUAAAACUGAAUCGGCUCUUAUUUAUGACGGAAUCAGAUUAUUAGCCAAUGCUUUGCAUGACUUGGAUGGUAAUCAAUGGAGAGUGGAUCCAAUAUCUUGCGCUGAUGGCCAUCCCUGGCCUCACGGCACUACACUUCUUAAUUAUAUGAGACAAAAUGUAUUUUACGGAAUGACUGGUUUAGUAAAGUUUGAUGAAUCGGGCUUUCGAUCCGAUAUAAGUCUUGAGAUAUUAAGCCUAAGCGAAGAUGGAGUCGAUGUCAGUGGAAAAUGGCUUCAAAGGGGAAGGAUUGAGAAAUACGAGAAGUGGACAAAACAUUAUUUGCCUCAACUGUUGGAAAAGCCAUUAAUCAGAAUCACGUCCGUGUUUAACGAUCCGUUUUUUAUGCUCAAGAAAUCGUCCGACGGAUUGAAAGGAAACAACAGAUACGAGGGAUUUGUUAUUGAUCUGAUCGACGAGUUGGCCAAAGAGCUGAGCUUCCGGUACGUGAUCUCUCCCGUCAAAGACAAGCAAUGGGGCGGUCGGGACAAGAAGACCGGCCUCUGGAACGGAAUGGUCGGCGAAGUGAUGAGAGACGAGGCGGACAUAGCGGUGGCCGACCUGACCAUCAACUCGGAACGGGAGAAAGCCAUCGACUUUACCUACCCUUUCAUGUCUACUGGCAUUACAAUACUAUUUAAAAAGCCCACCAAAACCAUGUCUUUGUGGUCUUUUAUGCUCCCAUUUUCGACUCAACUCUGGCUCUAUAUGUUAGGCAUCCUAUCGUUUGUAUAUGUCGGCCGCUUCUCGCCGUACGAAUGGACGGACACCACUCCCUGUCGUACAGACAAUCAGGUGCUCGAGAAUAGCUAUUAUAUGUCCAAUAGUUUUUGGUUUGCCAUCGGAGGCAUUAUGCAACAGGGAUCAGAUAUCGCACCCAAAGCGCUGUCCACUCGUAUUAUAGGAGGCGUUUGGGCUUUCUUUACGUUAAUCAUAGUGUCUUCAUAUACGGCUAAUUUGGCCGCUUUUCUUACGGUAGAGGACGCGCCCUAUCCUUUCGAUAGUGUCGAAGCGUUGGCCGCACAGACAGCUAUCAGUUACGGAUUGGUUGGAAACGGUGCCACUCAUCGCUUCUUUAAGAGCACAAACAUAUCGACGUAUAAAAAGAUGGCGGAGUAUAUGGAGGAGAAUGCAAACAGUGUCCUAAAGUCGAGUAACUCUAUUGGAAGGGAUGCUGUGGAGGAAUCCGAAGGAAAGUAUGCCUUCUUCAUGGAGUCGGCAGUUAUUGAUUACAUUACUGAACGACACUGUAAUCUAACACAAGUCGGAGGACUUCUCGACAGUAAAGGCUAUGGAAUUGCCACCAAAAAAGACUCUAAAUACCGAACCCCUCUCUCGGAAGCGAUUGUGAAAUUACAGGAAACGGGAGUUUUGCGGGAACUGAAGAGGACGUGGUGGACACAGAAGGCCGGAGGCGGCGCCUGUCUUAGCAAAGGUACGCCCGCUCUCCUCGAGAUGGGUAUGAAAAACGUCGGCGGAGUCUUCCUUAUCCUCAUCGGGGGCUCUGUUUUCUCCACUUUUCUCGCAUUUUACGAGUUAUUCGUCGAAACAUUGAGGGAAACAUCAAAUAUGACAGACGAGAAUCGCGUGAAGAAUAAUAAGAAUACAAAUUAG